AUGUCAACUGAGACUGGUGCAGAGGGGGAGAAGGAGGAGGAGCGGUGGUCUCGUCUCAUGGUUGAGGAGGGCGAACGCAUGAAGGCGUACGCGUCUGCCAUGCAUACCAUUGCUACCCGUUAUUGGGAUACUCAUGAGGACAAGAAGGAUGAUGAUGAUCAACCCAGUUCUCCUGCAGCUGCCGUGAAUUGUAUUCGUGAGAAGCGUCCACGCGAUACUGGAAGCGAGGGAAGUGUGGGUCAGCAAGUGAGGCACGUAUGUGAACCAUCGCAACAUAGCGACCGUGUUGAGUACUCGUUACAAUGCUUGGCUGAUUACUACCUCGGUGUUUGCUCACUGUCUGCACUAACUGGACGACAACAGCAGCAGAGUGGUGAUAACUCUUCUUUCGGAAGGAAAAACGGUGAAGGGUCUUUAACGAACCAUGAAGACACUGUCUUUGAACGGCUUCCCCGUAUUGUAACGAGUGCUGUCAAAGCAUGGCGUCGUGAAUUCUAUACUGCUAACGGCCGUCAAGCAAGUGCAGCAGAGGUCGAGGCCGCGGCAUACCACAUUCUUUUGUCGAGUAAAACACCAAAAGGGGAAGAAUGCACCAGGGGCAUGCUGUCCAAUUCUCUGCCCCGGAAGAAUGAAUUGCCAACUUACAUUGGCCACGGGUCUCGCUGGCUGGCUGCACAACUUGCGGCCACAUACAUGUCGAUGUCACGCAAUCAGGUCCGUCGUCGUCGUCGAUACUUAUGCUGCAGAUCUUCUGGCGGUACUGGCAGUGCUGGUUGUAGCAGUAAUGACUCUGGGGGUGAUGGUGAUGUGCCUCUAGAACCGUUGCCACUUCAAGUGCUCGAUGUUGGCUCAUGUUAUGGCCCGUUCAAAGGAAUGAAAAUUACAAACGGGGUAUUGCGAGUGCCUUUGGCAGUAACGGCGCUGGAUUUGUGCCCUUACGAGGGGAGCGAUGUCAUUCAAGGUGAUUGGCUUGCUGCCCGUUUCUAUGAUGUGGAGACGGCGGAAGACGUGAAACGUGACGAUUAUGACGAUGGCAGUGCCAUCGGGGGUGCGAUAACAGCCGGGAUGGAGCAGCUUGUGCGGACUAGUGAGAACACGUGUAGUGAUGAGGAGACACCUGAGAAAUAUUUUUCGGUAGCUCGGGGCCAGUUUGACGCCGUGCUCUUCUGCUUGAUGCUCUCGUUUCUUCCACACCCUCGAUUGCGAUACCGCGCAUGCCUCCACGCCCACUUGGCGCUCAAAGACGGUGGCCUGUUUAUUAUUGUGAGCACCCGCACGCAAGGAUCACGGCGCAGUUCUUGGAUCGAUGACUGGAUCGCGUGUAUCGAAGGGAUAGGGUUCACGCGUGUGCACAAGAACAUCAUGGGACAGAUUGUGGGCUUGAGUUUCCGCAAGGUGACAGCGACUGAGGAUGAUGGUGAUACAGGGGAGUGGCUGCAGCGCAUGAUGGCCCGUCCAGAGGCAGAAAGUGGCUUACGCAUUAUUGGCGAUGACUGCAUGUGA